AUGAACUUGGUCGCGACGAAUGAUACGGAUGGGAUCUAUGAGGAUCCUGAGUAUGGUGAGAUGGGAGAACUGGAGGAGUUAUUGACUAAGGUUGAUAAGAGCGAGGACACGGAUGAUACGGGAGCGAGUGUGGAGGCAGCAGUGAAGCAGGAAGAGGAGAUAGUGAUCACGGAGGCAGCAGCAGUAAACGGUGGAGAUGGAGACGAUGUCAACACAUUUGCAGCAGCGAUCGUGGUUGAAGAUGAAGCAGUAAAUGCGAAGUGUGUGGGAGUUGAAGCUGUGAAAGGGGACAUCAUGGUGAAAGGAUCAAAGGCGAAUGCAACUGCAAAGGGGCAAGUGCUUAAGGAGGAUGAACGCGUUGAAGGGUACGAGACCCGAGAGGUGUUGGGUGUAAAGAUGCCGAGGAGAAGCGAGAGGCAUAAGAAAAUCUCUCAAGGUUUGGAUGUCAAGGCGCUCAACUAUAAGACACAGGAAAUGUGCAACGGCGGCAGAAAGGAGCGGAGAGGAAUGGGUAUUCCUCUGCCCUUCUCAUCCUUUCCCCUCCUUUCACACUCCUUUCUCCGCUCCCUUCUUCCUCCUUUCCCCGCCUUUCUUCGCUGCCUUCCCCCUGCUGCCGCGCUGCAGGCGGCAGGGGUGCAGGCGGCGUGCAGGGAGGGCGGGAGCGGGGAGGCAGGCAGGCGUGGUGUCUACGGGGCCCACCACUCGCCCUGCCACCACACGUGCUGCUCCUCAGCCCCUCCUUCCUACCGCUUGCCCACUCCCCCCCCUCCCUCCUCGCCAUGCCCCAUCUCCAUGCCGCGCCAUCCACUCCCCACAUCACCCUGCAUGCCCCCACCCCCCCUCGCCCUCUCCCCACCGCGCCGCUCGCACUCCCACGCGCACCACUCGCCCCUCCACGGCGUGUCCCCUCUCAGCAGUCAACGCCGUGAGCUGGGCCGCGGUGCCCCGUCACUUGCUGCUGCACCUGAGCACCGCCUGCACGCUCACAUCCCCCUCACCAGUCGCUACACGAGCCAUCGUGCCAGCACCUCAUGGGAAAACCUCAACUGCCAUGCCUGCAUGCACCUCAUGCCUGACGGGUUCUAUGAGAUGAACUUGGUCGCGACGAAUGAUAUGGAUGAGAUCUAUGAGGAUCUUGAGUAUGGUGAGAUGGGAGAACUGGAGGAGUUAUUGACUAAGGUUGAUAAGAGCGAGGACUCGGAUGAUAUGGCUGCGAGUGUGGAGGCAGCAGUGAAACAAGAAGAGGAGAUAGUGAUCACGGAUGCAGCAGCAGUAAACGGUGGAGAUGGAGACGAUGUCAACACUUUUGCAGCAGCGAUCGUGGUUGAAGAUGAAGCAGUAAAUGCGAAGUAUGUGGGAGUUGAAGCUGUGAAAGGGGACAUCAUGGUGAAAGGAUCAAAGGCGAAUGCAACUGCAAAGGGGCAAGUGCUUAAGGAGGAUGAACGCGUGCGUUGA